AAUCAAGUUUUGAAGUACCCAUCAAAGAUCUUCUUUCUUGCUCAUCCUAAAUUUUUCAGAACAAUUACAACUUUUUUAUAGCAAAAUGGUAUCAGUUCAGAGAAAUUAACAUGAAUCCUUCACUUUCUUCUUCUUCCUCUCUGUCCCCAACAUCUUCUUCUUCUUCUUCUUCUUCUUCUUCUUCAUCAACAACAACUGCAUCGACUUCAUGGUUCUCGGGCAUUGUCCGAGGCCGCUCUGUUAGGUCUUCAAGUCUCAAAGUUUCUAAUAAUGCCUUGCCCUCCGGCGGGGAUUUCUUAGGUCCGGUUAAGGGCAAGAACCAGUUUCGUGGUGUGCUCUUUAAGUACGGUCCCAAGCCUACUCAGGUUGCCUUUAAAACUGGUGACUAUAAACAACAGGUUAUUUUUAUUGGUGGAUUGACUGAUGGUUUUAUUGCAACUGAAUACUUGGAACCUCUUGCAAUUGCUUUGGACAAAGAGAGAUGGUCACUUGUGCAGCUACUUAUGUCAUCUUCAUAUAGUGGAUAUGGCAUCUCCAGUUUGAAACAAGAUGCCAUGGAACUUGAUCAGCUUAUUAGUUAUCUGAUUAACAAAGAAGACUCUGAGGGUGUGGUACUACUUGGUCAUAGUACAGGUUGUCAGGAUAUUGUGCAUUAUAUGCGUACAAAUGCGGCAUGCUCGAGAGCAGUGCGUGCUGCAAUUUUGCAGGCUCCAGUCAGUGAUCGGGAAUAUAAAGCAACUCUUCCUGAAACGGCCGCUAUGAUUGACUUGGCUUCAAGCAUGAUAAAAGAAGGCCGAGAGUCGGAAUUAAUGCCUAGGGAAGCAGAACCAUCUGCUCCUAUUACCGCUUAUAGGUAUCACUCUCUUUGUGCCUACAUGGGGGAUGAUGACAUGUUCAGUUCCGAUCUUAAUGAUGAUCAGCUGAGACAGAGACUUGGUCAUAUGGCUAAUAUACCCUGCCAGGUUAUAUAUUCCAUGGCUGAUGAAUAUAUACCAGAGUAUGUUGAUAAAAAAGCAUUGGUUGAAAGAUUGUGCAAAGCUUUGGGUGGAGCAGAGAAAGUUGAGAUUGAACAUGGGAAUCACUCGCUUUCAAACAGAGCCCGUGAAGCUGUUCAGGCUAUAAUUACCUUUGUGGGAAGAGAAGGACCUAAAGGCUGGGAUGAUCCAUGGAGCUAAUGCUGCCCCUUCUUCUCAUCUUUAUGCUCUUCUAAUUCUUCUAUUCUUUUUGGUUAUUCCAGUCUGCUGGUCCAAUAUAGAGUGUGUAGGUUGGCGUUGGGUUUGUAGUAUUUUUAUUGAAAUUCAUCUUUGAAAUUAUAGCUACCUUUUUUAUUAUGCUAAAUUCGCUAUUCUAAUUAUUAUAA